AGGAGUUCCAGCGGUCGCAGGGCGGGGCAAAACGCGAAGCAGGUAACGGAAAUGCCUGACGCAGGCCAGGUGUAAAGCACAGUGUAAAGCACAUUGCAGCCAAAUAUAAGGCCACAACUUGGUGAACCACACAAAGAUCCUACUGGAUCCAGAGAUCCCAGUUUGCAACCACUGUGGCACUGUUCUAGGCCCUAGGGAUGCAGCGUUGAACUGGAGAACAGCCUCUGAUGUUUUGUAGAGCUCACAUACUAAAAAGGCCACCAUGGUUCCAACACACCAGAAGAGAGUAAGGCCAUCUCAGGAGAUUCUUCUCUGGGGCUAACAUUCAGUAGUACUUUGUGGGGAUUCUGAGAGCCAAGGGCACCUUGCGACCACCAGAGCGCCAGGCCCUGUUUGGGCCCUGGGAGCUCAUUUACCGCGCCAGCCAGUGAGUAGAUGGGGCAUGGGGAUAGAGAAGGAGGGGGAACCCUCGCCUCUGGUAGCUGCACGGAAUUCAGAGUCGGAGAGACCCAGGUCCACGUCUGCCAGUUUUCUCCCCUGUGGUUUUGGCCCAGUGCCUUAACCUGCCCCAGUUCUCCACCUAUAAAACGGGUUAAUAGCACUACCUCUGGGGCAGGGUUAAUGAGGAUUAAAAGAGGUGGUGCUUCGGUAGUUCUUGGGCUGCACUUUCAUUGUCCUCACCCACGCAGAGAGCUGCUUCUCCACCUUGAAGGAGGGCGCUGGGGACAGGGGCUGGAGGGCUUCUGUCCCCACCUGGAGCUCUACACCCAAUUUGCUGCCAACGCUGAGAGGUCCUGGACCACCCUGCAGGAGCAACUAAAGAAGAACAGACGUUUCCGGAGGUUUGUGCGACUUCAGGAAGGUCGUCCUGAGUUUAGGGGUCUUCAGCUCCAGGACCUGCUCCCUCUGCCUCUGCAAAGGCUCCAGCAGUAUGAGAAUCUUGCUGUUGCUUUGGCUGAAAACACAGGCCCCAACAGCCCUGACCAGGAACAGCUGGCAAGGGCAGCCCGGCUGAUAAGUGAGACUGCCCAGAGAGUCCACACCAUUGGUCAGAAACAGAAGAACGACCAGCACCUCCAGCGUGUCCAGGCUCUGCUUAGUGGACAGCAGGCAAAGGGGCUCACCUCAGGUCGCUGGUUCCUACGCCAGGGCUGGCUGUUGGUGGUGCCUCCCCAAGGGAAGCCUCGGCCCCGAAUGUUCUUCCUUUUCUCCGACGCGCUCCUCAUGGCCAAACCUCGACCCCCAUUGCACCUGCUGCAGAGUGGCACCUUUGCCUGUCAGGCUCUCUACCCCAUCGCCGAGUGUCAGCUCCAGAGGGUCUUUGGCCACUCAGGAGGCUCUUGUGGUGGACUGCUCAGCCUGGCCUUUCCCCAUGAGAAGCUACUGCUUAUGUCCACAGACCAGGAGGAACUGCUGCUCUGGUACCACAGUCUGACUCUGGCCAUCUCGAGCCAGAAGAACUAGGAAUCUUAAGAAUUCCAGAGUCCAGGAUACCUCAGGGAUAGGUCAGAGUUGGGAGUACAAAGGAAUCCUCUUCAGUACUAACAAAACACUCUUCAUAGUUGGAGCAGAGUCAGUUUGUGUUUGCCUGGGACCCAGACAUGCCACGUCAUUUGACCAGCUCUUAAGAAUGUGGCACAGUGGGAUCAGUGGUGUCUUGGGAGCCCUGGAACGUGGGUUUGAUCCCUGGCCUGGCACAGUCGGUUAAGGAUCCGGUGUUGCCACAGCUGCGAAUUAGGUCACAAGUGAGGCUCAGGUCUGAUCCCUAGCCUGGGAGCUCCACAUGCCACGUGACAGCCGGAAAAGAAUCAGGACACCAAGUCUGAACCUACUGAACCUCUGCUGAAACGGCCCCUCCAACACAAAGGAGGGGAUUUGGGACUGAUAAGCUCUGUGCUCUAUCUGGACAGCUACUUACCAAGGUUGCAGCUUUGCAAAUGUGUCUACUUUUAUGUUGCAUGUAGUUUUUAUAAUUUAUUUUCCCACCAGAUUUUAGUAAAGUUUUUCCUUUUUGGAGA